CCGACUCUCGUCUGUCAUACCAGGAGAAGGAGAUUAGGACAAAAGGGCGCAAGCAAAUGAAAAUUCCAUAGAGAAUCUGGAGCGACUUCAGCCGCUGCUACAAUGGCUCCGGAGAAGACGAAUGGCGUGAUGGCUGUGAUCAGAGCGACGAGGCCGUCCUUCCGCAACAAGCACGACAAGGUCGCCUUCGCCGUCCACGCCACCUUCCUAGCCUCCGGCUACUUCCUCACUGCCACUGGAACCGCCGCCUGCGAAGACGGAGCUAUCUCUUCCGCCUCAUCCGAGGAAGUGGGAAUUGAUCGAUGGAACGAGAUUGAUGAUGAGUACGCCUUCGUGUACGCGAAGCCCGCAGGCUCGAGGAACACCAGGAAGGUUCUGGUCAAGUGUCUGGCCAUGAACGAUAAGUUGGUCGUGAAUGCCCUGGAAAAUGGCUCUCGCGAGCCGGUUCAUAUCGAGAUUGACGUUGAUGAUUUUGCAGCAGAGGGCGGUGGUAGGAAUUACUCGGAUCAGUAUAAGGACCUCGAGAAGUUGGUCGAGAACUUCGACAAAGAGAUUUUGUCAAAAUUUGACGGUUCUUCGAGACCCCUUUCCUCUGCUGAAGCCACUAGCACAACUGCAGAAACUGGUCGUAGAUCAACUGCAGAAACUGGUCAUAGAUCAAGGCUUAUAGAUGAAACUGGUGCUGGAGCUGGUGAACCAUGGGGACCUCGGAUCCAUCCUUCAGGGGUCGUGCUUCCUCCUGUUUAUCCUGAUGGUUUCAGUGAUACCGUUCCAGGGCCUGGUGCUGGCGUGUAUCCUGGCAGAGGUGGUUUUGGUGGCGAUGGAAGCAUGCUCCUAGGACCAGACGAUCCACGUUUCUUUGGCGGGGGGGAUCGGCAGCGUCCCUUCAUUAGGGGCCCGCCGCAGCCAGGUGUCCCUCCAGGUGCUCGUUUUGACCCCUAUGGUCCUCCUGAUGUCCCAGAUUUUGACCCCACUCGGUUCAUGAGGAACCCUCCUAGGAGGCCUGGGGGAGGAGGUGGAAUUCAUCCAGACCUGCAACACUUUCCCGGGGGUCCGGAUUUCAUCUAAAUACUUCUCGUCCUGCUUGGCUGUUCCUCCUCCUCUUUGAUUACUGCAGAAUUUUGUGCUCUGUGUUUUCCGUUUGUUUGGGGUUUUUAGGAGACGGGAACUCAAGAUUGCAAACGAGUAUAUAGCUUACGGUUUUACCCGACCUUGUUUUAGUAUUUAAUCUUUGGAACAUAUACAUGUGCACGCGUGUGUAUAUAUACACAGGGCUGGUUGAUAUUUGCUGAGUUGACGAAUAAUUGUUUAUUCGUGUA